UCCCCUCUCUCUCUCUCUCUCAAAAACCAAAACAGAGUAAAAAAAUAAAUUAAAUGGAGGUAAGUUGCAUAGAUCAAGAAAUUAGCACAACUAGUGACUCCCCAUCAACCAUUUUCCCGGCGGAGAGACCCCGCCAGAUGGGAAGUGGAGUCAGCGUCAUAAUAGACGCUGACUCCACAUAUGGUGUAGAAGCAGAGUCAAAAAAUAAUACUAGUAAUAAUAAUAAGCUUCCUUCUUCAAAGUUCAAAGGUGUUGUCCCUCAACCAAAUGGUCGAUGGGGUGCACAAAUCUACGAAAAACAUCAAAGAAUUUGGCUUGGUACAUUCAAUGGCGAAGAAGAAGCAGCAAAAGCUUAUGAUAUCGCAGCACAAAGAUUCCGUGGUAGAGAUGCUGUGACAAAUUUCAAACCCCUGUUUGAUAAAUAUUGUCAAACAGAGGAAAUUGAGAUUUCAUUUUUGAACUCUCGUUCUAAGGUUGAGAUUGUUGAUAUGCUACGUAAACACACGUAUAAUGACGAGCUUGAACAUGCCAAGAAAGUAUAUAACAACAAUAAUUUCGACAAGAAUGGAAGGAGGACAUGCCAUACUAAUGAUAUCGCGACUUUUUCAUUAGAUAAUAAUGAAAAAGUCGCGAACAUAGCUCGUGAACUGCUUUUUGAAAAAACAGUUACACCGAGCGACGUUGGAAAACUUAAUAGGCUUGUUAUUCCAAAACAACACGCGGAGAGAUAUUUCCCUUUGGUAGCCAAAGUAAAUGGAAAUGGUAAUACUUCUAAUGGGGAAUUGUUAAAUUUUGAAGAUAUGAAUGGUAAAAUGUGGAGAUUUCGAUAUUCGUAUUGGAAUAGUAGUCAAAGUUACGUAUUGACUAAAGGAUGGAGUCGUUAUGUUAAGGAAAAUAAGUUGAAGGCCGGAGAUAUUGUGAGUUUCAAACGAUGUUUUGGAGUUGGAGUUGAAGAUAAACAACUUUUUAUUGACUCGAAGACCAGAAUAAUACGAGGUGAACAAUUAAAAGUGAUUAGAUUAUUUGGAGUGAAUAUAUGCAAGGUUCAAGAUGUUAGUAAUAAUGUUGUUGUUGAGAAAAAUAUGAGUGUUGGCAAAAGAAUGAGGGAGAAGGAGUUGUUGGCAUUUGAGUGUAGCAAGAAACAAAGGGUUAUAAUUGAUGCCUUGUGAAAUUUUCUUGUGUUUGUAAUAAUUUUCUUUUCCUUUUUGUACUUUGGCUUUUAGAUGUUUUAAUUGAUAUACCUUCCAAUUGUAUAUUAGUAUUACUAGAAAAAAAAAUGGCUCAAAAAGAGAGCUCAUCAACUAUGGUGUAAACAUAGAUGAAAAUAGAGACAACAAAUUAAUUAAUAUGAGUCUCUAGCUUUUUUAUAUGCUUUUUUUUC